CCGCACUUAACCGAAGUAAGACCUCUGCUGUGGAACGAUGCGCGUUUGCCACUUGAAUCUAUUAGUGCUAAGUGUCGGCCUGUGGGUCCUGCUGGCGGAGUCGGGUACCUCAGCUACACCUCUCCCGGACCCGGACCCCAUCUCGAGUCCCACUCCCAGUCCCAGCCCAAGCCCGGAUCCCAAUGUGGAGCCCCGGGCGGAUGUACAGCAACUGACUUUGGCGGAUGUAAAUCAGGCAGCCGAGCAGCAGGAGAUGCCGGCUGUGCGCCCCGCCAGACAAUUUGGAUUCGGCCGGGGAGGUUUCGGCCGGGGAGGUUUCGGCCCGGGAGGCUUUGGCCGGGGCGGUUUCGGAGGCGGCGGACGCGGAUUUAGAAGGCGAGGCUGCUGCGGCGGAUUUGGCGGACCAGGUUUUGGACCGGGAUUCGGCGGUGGCUUUGGCGGCUUCUAUCCACGACCACCUUUCUUUGGCUAAGUGUUACUCAUUUAAUGUGCAUAUGUGAUACGAUCCGACCUUGAAUAGGUACUAGCUGCUAAUAAAUCAACACGAGCUCUAAUUACCCAACACGAGUGCUGAAGAAACUUUUGCUAAAGCCAAGAGCUCAUAAAAAACACAGUUCGGAUAUGAAUAAUGAGUAACAUUUAUCUAUUUUAACAAGUAUAUAAGAAAACUGUACAUUUUGUUUAGAAAUUUUAAGUAACUUGUAUAAAUCAAGCGGAAUACUUAAACAUAGAUCUACUUUAUCAACUUUAAAAGAAACAAUAACAUUUUUAAAAGAAUCCCCUUUAAUUUAUUUUUUAAUACACCAUCUAUAAUUGUUCAAGCUUUGAUAAUUCUUAUAAAGCUUUUUGUAAAGAAGACCUAUAAAUUAGCCACAUUUUGGCUUUAUAAGUCAGACUAGCAAGAUGCGAAUGCUCGUGUGUUUUUUGUUGAUCACUUUUGGAGUUGUGCCAAUAUUAAAUGCAGUGGCCAAGUCACAGGAUAAAGUCCGUCAACAAGAAAGCGAGGUCAAUGGCGCAGUGGAAAGGAUACGACGUCAAAUUGGAGCCUUCGGAAGUGGAUUUGGAGCAAGACGCAAUGACAAUCCUUACUAUGAAAGCCUGUUUUCUAUUUAAUCAUAAGAACAAU